CCGGCGAAAGGUCCUAGGUCGUAUCCCAAGACUAAGCCUCCGGGAAGCUAUAUAAAGGCCAGCAACCGAACGCUGGGGAGCAAACUCUCACCAACCAGUUCUUCGGAGAUUCUUUUACUGUCACACAACCAGCCCAACUGAAAAUGUCUCUCUCUGAUGCUGACAAGAAAGCUCUUGAUGCCUCAUGGAAGAAACUGACAGCCGGUGCUGAUGGCAAAAAGAACGCUGGAAUCAACCUGGUUCUGUGGAUGUUCGCCAAUGUUCCCAACAUGCGCGCUCAGUUCUCCAAAUUCAACGCCAACCAGUCCGACGACGCCCUGAAGGGAGACGCUGAAUUCAUCAAGCAGGUCAACGUCAUCGUUGCCGCCCUUGACGGCCUCUUGCAAUCCGUCAACAACCCAGGCCAGCUCCAGGCCAACUUGGACAAGCUCGCCAAGUCUCACGUCAACCUGAAAAUCGGACUCGAGUUCUUCGGACCUCUGCAACAGAACAUCCACAGCUUCAUUGAAAGUGCUCUUGGAGUCGGUGCCGGAAGUGACGAACCCAAAGCCUGGGGAAACUUGAUCGCUGCCUUCAACGAGACCCUCAAGAAGGCAUAGACAUGACCUAUCUAAUAAUUGAACUCUUUAAGCAGGAAAUACCAUAAAAGUCAUUAUUCGCCCAAGGAUCCUGUCCCAACUCCAAAAUGAUAUUUUGCAAUACGGUGAACCAAGAAUUAGACCAAAAAAAAAAUGUUGAUUUUAAUCUUCUGUUGAUUACUGCUUUCAAUACUUCCAUAUAGUUCUACCAAUCAAAAUUUGGAAAACAAAACAAAAAAAAAUUGAAUUAAUUUAUAUUACAUUUAUAUUUUAAAUAAAUAUAUACAUUUACUAAAACAAAAAAUCCAUGAUUGUUUUUAGCCUAAGAUUUUUGUGAAAAUGUAAUGUGCCUUCAUUCAAUGUUGACUACUGUAUGCUUAUUGAUAAGUGUAUUAUUGUUGUAUUUAUUGGAAUUCAUGCAAUCAAUGCAAAUAUUUGCUUCCAAUUCAGAAGAUCUGCGAAAACAUUAAAGAGAAAUGAUAUAACAUUCUAUUUGGUUACAUAUUUAGAAGCAUUCAGAUGUUUUAUUUAACCCUUUAAACGCGUGUGGUAAAUUAGCCUCUAAACAUUAGAAUUGUAAUUCCAUAUUGUAAAAAAGCUCAGCACUUUAAGGGUUAAAAUGUGAUAUCUGACUAAUUAACAUUCUAAUAAAAUGCCAACAAAAAUACAUUUAAAACACGGACAAUGUAUAACUCUUUUUUUUUUUAAGUUCUACGUUAUCUUCCUCUUUAUCUUGAGCGGCGCAAAUAAAAAAUGAAUAGCAACAAUUUCAAAAAUAGGAUUGGCUUUUUUUUUUAAAUGUACGCCAUCUUUACGACGUCUGCUUCCAUUCUUUAUUUAGCUGCGAGAGAUAAGGGGAGACUAAUGGUAGAAAUAGAAAUCGAUGUAAUUGUCUCUCUUUGUUAAGUACACUAUGUGUUUUUGUAAACAUACUUGGUUUCUUAGACCGUAGCUUUUGUUACUUAGCAAGAAAAUGUUUCCUAGAUUUGUCCUUUUUUGUGUCAUUACUAUAUGUCAUUGAUCCAUGUCAUUUUCUGUCUCUUAUAGGCUUUAUAACUAAAAAAUUCUAAUAAAAAAAUCGAAAUAAUAA